GUCCCAAGAUUUGUCAUUGCGGAUGGAAGAGGCUAUCGGAAGGGCGAAUGAGGGUAUCGGUAACGAUGACGGGAUGAGCGUGAAGAAUGGGAGCAAAUCAUGGCCUAGCGGCUAUCUCAUCUCAACACCGCCCUUGAUCGCAAGGACGAGCGAGCAAGGAAGAGACAGGCUGGAAGUGUAGAGGAAAAGAAAAAAAAGGCGACUUGGCGGAAUUACCACAUGUUGUAUGUAUCUUUAGGUACCUCG